AAAAACGAAAAAGAAAAAAGAAAAUAAAAAUGAAAAAGAAAAAUUUGUAAAGAAACAUACACACAACCCUUGACAUUCUCUUUUUCUCUUCUUUGAUUGCAACUACUGCACCUCGUGGAAAGAAUAAGUAGUAGUAGUAGUAGUAGUAGUAGUAGUAAGUAAAUGGUGUAUGGUAUAUGUCGGUCGGUCGGCCGACGCGUCGCGUCCUUGCCAGUUAGUUUUCUACCCCCGCCAACAGCACCAUAACCACUACCACCCCACCACCAUCAGCAUCAGCAGCAGCAGCAGCAGUAAAAGCAGCAUGUUACUCAGAGUGAACACGACGACGUCUGUGCCGCGAGUGAGGAAUAGCCCACUGCCGAGUAUUCGCCCCCCACUAUUGGCCAAAGCAUAGAGUUUUUAGUCCCCACCAUAGGGCCGCGACGGCGUCAUCGUUUUCCGUCCACUAUGUAAGAGCCCGCAGAUAUGAGCACCGCGUUCCAGUCUCGCAGCGGUAGUCGUCGAGUUCAAAACUAUUUCGUGUUAUCGUAAAAUGGCAUAUUAAUAAGUGCACCAAACUAAAAUAUAUAUAUAUAUAUGCAUAUAUAUAUAUAUGCUCGCUCGAAGUCCCUCGGUGUUUAUCGCGGUGUCAAUAAUUACGAAAGAAGAAAUUCGUAAUCAGCUGGAGUCACUCGCGACGACGUCACGAAGGACAUCAUCGUCGUCGUCGUCGUCGUCGUCGUCGUCGUCGUCGUCGUCGUCGUCGCCGUCUUAUUCAAAUCGGCAGGAACCUUAACGAAUAUAAUAUUCCCGUAUUGGUGGGAAAAGGGGCGAUCGGGCAGCGGUGGUGGUACCCCUCUCGACUAUCCCACGGUCGCUACGAGCGAGAACAGCCCGAAGAUUUUUCCACCGAAGUCCAAGAUGCACAUCGAGGUGCAGGUGGCACUCAAUUUCGUGAUAUCGUAUCUUUAUAACAAGUUACCACGGAGGAGGGUCAACAUAUUCGGCGAGGAACUCGAGAAAGCAUUGAAAGAUAAGUUCAAGGGUCACUGGUAUCCGGAGAAGCCGUUCAAGGGUUCAGCGUUCAGAUGCCUCAAAACUGGCGACCCGGUGGAUCCAGUUCUGGAACGAGCAGCUAAAGAAAGCGGCGUACCGAUUCAAGACAUCCUGGAGAAUCUGCCGGCCGAGUUGGCCGUCUGGGUGGACCCGGGCGAGGUCAGCUAUCGAAUAGGCGAGAUGAAUGCCGUGAAAAUCCUCUACUCCGAGACCGGAGAUCCCCACGACGAGAGUUCGGCCGAUCGAGAGGUCACCAAAACUUUCAAUCCCGAGGCCCAAUGCUUCAGACCGAUCGAGGCUGUCGGUACGUCCUUGGGUGGUCUCAGUUUAAGUCCCAAAUCCACCUCGCCCUUCCCGACUUCUCUAGCCAGUAGCAACAGUAGCAGCAACGGCUCCUCCAACAAUCAGCAGAACAGCCACGGUUCCGGGUCUUCCUCGGCCCCCUCGCCCACGCCGAUCGGUAAUUCGUUCAAGGGCUCGCCCAGCCCCGUACCAAACUUCAUCCCGCGUACCACGGCACCGCUCACCUUCACGACCGCAACCUUCGCUCAAACGAAAUUCGGCAGCACCAAGCUGAAGACGAGCAGCAAACGAGCGAACAGGAUGUCACCCACUGAGUUUUCGAAUUAUAUAAAGCAGCGUGCGAUGCAACAACAGAUUCAUCACCAUCAUCAUCAUCAACAACACCAGCAACAGCAGGCAGCUGCGGCGGCGGCGGCGGCGGCCCAGCAGCAGCAACAGCAACAACAGGCGGCGGCGGCGGCGGCAGCCCAGCAGCAGCAGCAGCAGGUGCAGCAACAGGCCCAGCAACAGCAGCAGCAGCAGCAAGGAAGCACCAGUGGCAGCGGCGGCGGGGUCCUGCCGGUGGUGUCGCAGAGUUCGCCGAACAAUCGCAGCCUGUCGCCGGGUAGCAUAGUGGGUGCCGGGGGGGCCGGGAGCCAACAGCACACGGAUCCGAGCGCAUAUUUCUUCCAGCACGGUCCGGCGGCGGCAACCGCCGCGUACCACCCACAAUUUUCCCACCGCAACAUUUUCGAUUCGUCGAGCCACGGGGGCUACCUGCCCAGCGAUCUGUACGCCGGGGCCGCCAAGUUCCCCUCGUCCUACCUCGACCCUGGCACGAUUGCCGGGUAUCAGUUCUAUGGUGGCAGCGUCAACGGUACCGGAACCGGUACCACCGGCGCCGGCACCAACGGGGCCACCAGCAACGGCAUCCUCGCUGGUGCAACCGGCAACGCAGGGGCCAACGCGCAAAAUUCCGCAAACCUUGGACCCGUUGGCUCGGGUGCCACCCCCAGCACCGGCACCGUCAACGUGGCGGCAGCGGCAGCAGCGGCGGCGGCAGCUCAACAACAACCCGACAAAAAUGCUCUCGUCGAGGGCCUGAACAAUUUCGGAUUGGGCUCGGUGGCACCCUAUCCUGCCAGCCAAUACCAGCACCUCCUCGUAGCCAAUUAAUAUCCUGCGCGCGUAAACGCUGCUAGGCAAGUUGCCGCCACGCGCCUGACGAUUCGCUCCCCUCGCCAGGAUGACUCUUACCGACCUUCAACAAGGUCGCCCCAUCGAUCUGUCGACUCCAAAUUAUGAAGUCCCCCUCAGGAGGAAUGGAAAACGUAACCUAAACUAGAGGACAACUUUAUUACAUCUUUACCGUUCUCUUAUAGUUGAUAGACAAAGAAGAGAAGAGGGGGCAACGAUAAAACAAAGCCGCGGGGGCGUUAUCGUUGACGACACUAAAGUCAAAGCAAGAAUAACUGCAAUGCAUACUCGAGAUAGAAAAACCUGACGAUUGAGACGACGAGGACGAAGACAGUGCAGUUAUUUGUUUGUUCGAUGCGAUCGAAUCGAUCACACGAAUUCGGGGAUUUUACGAACGAAUAUUAUUACCUGCACGACGUUACACACCAUCGUCAUUAUUAUUGACAUGGAAACGUAUCAUAUAUAUAUAUAUAUAUACAUACAUACAUAUAUGUAUUUAUACACAUACAUCUGCACACAACGAUACAUACAAAAACACGCGUUAUUAAUAGGGCAGAACUAUAAUACAUACACGUCCCGAGGAAAAAAUGAUACACGCAUAAAAUUACACAGAAACACACAGAAAAUCCUAGAACGAUUUGCAGACGAAGGGAGGAUAGUGCAACAAGAUGAUGCUAACUAUUUGAAUUAUGCGAAAAGUUUUCGAAGAAGAAAACUAAACGACACUGAGACGAACGUUCCACACUCUUAGGUUAGAACGUUCAAGGAUUACAGUCCCGACGGGCUGAACACACGUAUACAUAAUAAUACAUACAUACAUGCAUACAUACGUAUUACACACACGUACAUAUUACCAAGACGUAAUAAUUUAUUUUUUCACUGGUAUAGUCGGAGAAUUGAUAAUGGAUAUGACUGUAGAGCCUAUGUAUUAUAAUUGAAGAUGCACUCACUUUACGGGUUCUCGCGAGCAAAAAAUAAUUAGGAAGAAGAAGUAUCUGUCAAUUCCUUUCGUCGUGUACACGACAACGACGACGACGGAUAUUAUUAAACGGGGAUGGAAAAUAAAUCGGGAAUUAGAGUCGGGGGGAGUGAUCGAAAAAACUAUGGGAGACGGAAGAAGAAAAUAAUCUGAAGACCGCCGAGCGAAAUCCGAAAAAAAAAAAGCAAAACGAGAGGAGGAAACAAUUUUCUCUCUUUCUCGCGGAGGAUGAGCACGGAUAUUAUGAACAAACAAAAAACAAACAAAAAAAUAAUAAGAAAGAGAGAGAGAGCGCACGCAAUUUCAUACCGUUCGGAAAAAUUCGUCAUCGGUACGAAAUUUUUCAUUUUAUUUUUAUAAUAAAUACAGUAGAACGUAGGAGAGAUAAUGUGAGGGGGGACGGGGAAGAGGAAGAAGAGUAGGAAGAGGUGAAACAAGUAGAAGAUAACAAAAUGGAAUGAUGAUGAUGAUUGGCGCGUGUCGUAUUAUUCGUAAGGAUUAGCGUACGAACGGUAAAGCCACGUUUAGCGCGUUCACGCCGAUGUGCAUCACCGGUGGGUCAAACUCGACUGUCGUUGUGUGCAGCGAAAAAUAUGAAAAUCGGGGGCCCGUGUGAACGUGUUAAUAAAUAAUCUUCGAAUUGAUCGAUUUCACGUGAAAUCGAAAUAAAGGAGGGAAGAUUUUGGAUACGUGGUGAACGCCGUUGUCCGCACGAAUCCUGGAUAUUAGAAAAUUAGUUUAAAUGGCCGCGGAUUAUUAUCAUGAAAUGUCCUUAGAAGAGCUCACGAUUUUUGUUCGUUCGACGAUUUAAAAUGUUGUAAAAUAAGAAAGAGAGAAGAAUAGGUGUUUGUUGUUGAAAAAACAAAAGACGAGCGACGAGCCUAUUGACAUAUUUUGUUUGUAGACUUUUGUGAUAUUUGUCUGCCAGCCAUUAACAGAGACCAACCAAAAAUUAGAAGAAGAGAAAGGGGGGAGAAAAAGUGUAUACUCUUUACUUUGAUUUUUACUUUUCUAAUGAUUCGAAUAUGUUUUUUUCUUCUCUUUUUUCAUCUUUGAUCAUGCACCUCUUCUUCUCGUGAGCUCUUGUCAAGGGAAAUUAGAAAGAAAGGAAAAAAAAGGGAGAAUAUAUGGUAAAUGGGAAUGCAAAAAGGAAAUGAUAAACGUGGCUCGAUAAUAACGGCCGACAAUGAAGAAAAAAUUAGAACGAAAAAAUAGGGGAAAUGUUAGGUGGUUUGUGGUUCGUGGUCAGUGGCCCGGGGGGGCCCGCCCGGGUACACUAGGUGCUAAAAGUAUUCAAAACAAACAGAAAAAAGUGAUUAUCUUGUCAUAAUUAUGAGAAAAUCGUAAGGAUGCGCGCAUCCGGAGACCGUCGACAGGCCCGAAUAAUAGAGCAAUGAAAACGAAAAUGAAACGGAAAGAGAGAGAGAGAGAAAACAAAAAGAUUUUUAACACUAGAUUUACCAGACCAGUCAGAAUGAUUGUGAAACUUUCAUUUUAUUUUGGUAAUAAUAUCAUGACUCUUUUGUAGCUAUAAUUCAAGAAUAUCAGUUUUAUGAACUUUAUAUUAUCUUAUAUAUAUAUAUAUAUAUAUAUAUAUUGGUAACAAAUAUAUUUUUUACUAUUGCUAUUUUGUUGGAAAUAUUGAAUUUUAACCAUUUCGGUAUAGUACAUGUUUCCUCUCUCUUCUUUCUGAUCAUUAAAACUCGUACUCUUACAUAAUUAAUAUGUAAAGGAAAUAGAAAGGGAAGAAAAAAAAAGGUUACGGUAGAAAA